GUUUCCAAGGUGAUUUCCCGAUUUCCACAGGUUUUGGGAUGCAGCAUCGAAGAGAAUCUGAAGCCCACAGUGCAAUGGCUUCGAGACUCGGGCCUGAAGGAGGCGGAGGUUUCCAAGGUGAUUUCUCGAUUGCCACAGGUUUUGGGAUAUAGCAUCGAAGAGAAUCUGAAGCCCACAGUGCAAUGGCUUCGAGACUUGGGCCUGCAGGAGGCGGAGCUUUCCAAGGUGAUUUCUCGAUUGCCACAGGUUUUGGGAUGCAGCAUCGAAGAGAAUCUGAAGCCCACAGUGCAAUGGCUUCGAGACUUGGGCCUGUCGGAGGCGGAGGUUUCCACGGUGAUUUCUCGAUUUCCAGCUGUUUUGGGAUAUAGCAUCGAAGAGAAUCUUUGCAGAAAGAUGUCUUUACUCGGGGGUUUCAUGCACAUGGAACAAACUGUCAGGCUUCUUGUGCAUUAUCCCAUGAUAUUGGGGCUCAGCUUCGAGCGCUGGACUCAUCGCUUGCAAGUUCUGCGUCAGUGUGGCAGGCUCUGCAGCUUCGGCCCCGCGAUGCUGGCGAGGGAUGAUGUGUUUGCCAAACGCUACCAAAGCCAGCCGGAGUGA